AUGAUUAAAAAGCAAACCUCACUAAUCGACGGUACACUCAACGUCCUCAGAAAAACUACAACAGAUGUCAAUAAUCAAUUUACUAAAAUCGACAAUCAAAUAAAUAACAUCCAAAAUUUAACGGCAAAUUACUUCAACAACUAUAGAUUCUCAACGUCAUUUCAGUUAAUCACCAUGCAGUUACAAACGAUAUUAAAUGAGUGUGAAAAAACACAGACAGCAAUAAUAAAUAUGCUCAUUGAUCACCAGCGAAUAAAUCCAUCCCUAAUCAAACCAUCUCAGUUUGUUAAAGAAAUUCAAAAGAUAAAGUUCAAGUUGCCAUCAACAUUUAAAUUACCCGGCGAAGGGGACAAUGAACUUAAAGAAGUCUUUAAGACUAUGACUGCGAAGGGAAUGAUUGUAGACAACAAGUUAGUAAUUAACGCAGAAAUACCUUUACUACAAUCCCAAAUGCCAGAAGUCUUCAGAUUAAUCGCAAUACCAAUAAGCAAACGAAAUAUGACUGUAGUAGCUAAGCUUAAAUCAGAGUUACUAAUUUUCAAUUUCGAAUUUGAUUCAUAUUUUUCAUUAAGUCAAGCGCAACUAAAUAAAUGUCGUAAAACCAAUAGCGACCAUUACGUUUGCUACGGAGAUUGGCCUUGGGCCUCAGCUACCGAUAACUCGUGCGAAGUAUCUGCUAUCAAACACACGAAGGCUGCCAACUGCAUGUUCCAACAAAUCCAAAACGACGAUUUUUGGGUUGAAUUGCAUAAGCCCAAUACCUGGAUUUUUAAGCUUUACAACACAGUGAAAGUUAGCGUGAACUGUGGUCAAUCAGCUGCAAAGUGGAUAAGUUUGUCACCUCAGGGAAUUCUUACCUUAAAUCCUGGGUGCAGCUUGAGGUACAACGGAGGGUUUUUAACAUCUUCAUCCAUCACGUCAUCUGAAGCAUACUUCGACCCACAAACAACUUGGAUAACAACCAUCGAUGUCAUAGAAGAUGAAAAGGUUAAGCUUUCCAUUCGUCAACAAUCAAUCAUCAACAAGAACUCCGCAGCUUACAACAUAGCUUAG